UGCACUAUAAUCCGUUGACUGUAAUCUGCCACAAAAUAGAGAGGUCGAAGCCAGGCCACUACCGAAUAAGACUUUGCCGUAACCGUGAGCGAUGGUUCCUUUUGAAAAAAAAAACUGUUGUUUAUAUAUAUAGCGUAUGAACCUAGCAUUUUCUUUCUUGGCCCCUAUAAAGAACCAAACAAAUAUAAUCUUUCUUACACAACUCAUACAAAUAUAAUCUUGCUCUCUAAUGAAUUUCCAUAUUUUCCGAUUAUUUCAUAUUAUCCUCCUCGCAGUUUUCAUCUUCCACGACUCGUGUUAUUCCGAUGAAGCUGGAAACUAUGGAUUUAUGAAAGAUGCAACAUCAGCACCAAAGCUAUCUCACUUCGACUACAUAAUCAUCGGAGGAGGAACCGCUGGAUGUGCAUUAGCCGCAACGCUCUCUCAAAACGCAACCGUUUUAGUCCUCGAACGCGGCGGUUCCCCUUAUGACAACCCAACGGCCUCAGACAUAAACAACUUCGCAAACACACUCUUGAACAUAACUCCAAACUCAUGGUCGCAGCUAUUCAUCUCCGAAGACGGCGUUUUCAACUCACGCGCUCGUGUACUAGGUGGAGGCACGGUCAUAAACGCAGGGUUCUACUCACGUGCAGAAGAAGAUUUCGUGGCGGAAGCAGGAUUGGAGAGAGAUGAGGUCGAAGCGGCUUACGAGUGGGUCGAGAAGAAAGUGGUUUUCGAACCACCGGUUAAGGGAUGGCAAUCGGCGUUUAGAGAUGGACUUUUGGAAGCUGGUGUGAGUCCGUACAAUGGUUUCACGUACGAACAUAUCGUUGGGACGAAGUUUGGUGGUACGAUAUUUGACCCGGAUGGUCGUAGACACACGGCGGCGAAUUUGUUGGAGUAUGCUAAUCCGAACACGAUUGUUGUCUACUUGCAUGCUUCUGUCCAUAAGAUCCUCUUCACUAUUACAGGUAACCAGAGGCCCAAAGCAUAUGGAGUGAUAUUUCAGGAUGCAAAUGGAGUGUCUUACAAGGCAGAAUUGGCAACGCAAGACUCAAUAAUGAGCGAGGUGAUCUUAUCGGCAGGUGCCAUCGCGAGCCCGAAACUAUUGAUGCUAAGUGGUGUGGGCCCUGCGGCUCAUCUUGCAGCCUAUGGGGUGAAUCCGGUCAUCGUAGAUCAACCCAUGGUGGGGCAAGGGAUGAGUGAUAACCCGAUGAAUCCGGUUUUCAUCCCUUCUCCUGAGCCCGUAGAAGUGUCUCUUGUACAAGCCGUUGGAAUCACCAAGUUUGGAAGUUACAUUGAAGGUGGAAGUGCCUUAAGUGUCUCUAUUAGUUUGACUCGUAGCUUCUUCGAUGGUGUUUUGAAGCUUCUUAAAAAGACAAAAUUACCUACCCAAUCCAUCUCAAAGUUUUUCAAAACUUUGGAUCUUACCUUGAACGUGACAACAAAAGCGGGUGUGAUGAUCCAAAAAGCGAAUGGACCGCUCUCGAGAGGUCAUUUGGAGUUGCGGAACACGAAUCCAGAUGAUAACCCUUCAGUGACAUUCAACUACUAUAAGGAUCCAGAGGAUUUGAACAAGUGUGUUGAAGGACUUAGUACCAUUAUUAAAGUGAUAGAUUCGAAGGGAUACUCCAAGUACAAGUACCCUGCACCGAGUGCGCGUGGACUACUAAAUCUCAUUCUUGCCCUUCCCACCAAUCUGAGGCCAAGACACAUCACUUCAACGUUCGACUUGCAGCAGUAUUGUAUUGAUACCGUGAUGACUAUUUAUCAUUACCAUGGAGGUUGUCAAGUUGGAAAAGUGGUCGACAACAAUUACAAAGUAUUAGGGAUUGAUGCUUUGAGGGUCAUCGAUGGAUCCACGUUUCUCAAAUCUCCAGGGACUAAUCCCCAAGCCACGAUCAUGAUGCUCGGAAGGUAUAUGGGGCAGAAGAUUCUUCGAGAGAGGAUAGCUUUCCAAGGAAAAGAAGAAGAAACAUGAGAUUUCUAAGUAUCCUCAAAACUCUUGUUAUUUGGGGAUUGUUGCUCCUAUGAAAGAUGAGACAAUGAGCAACAAUCUUCUUCACCGUCCAAACAAAGGAAACUCUGUCAUUAUAGCGUAUAUCACAUGUUUCAUGCAUCUCGCAAGUGGGUUUUCUGUUGUACUAAAGUUAUUUUAAACAUAAAAAAGGUUUAAGUUAUUUUGUACAGAAACAAGAGUGGUUAUUGAUGUUUGUUAAUUAUUAGAUAUCUUUGUAACAGAGAUUGAUAUCGUUAAUAAUAUGAUCAGAAAACGACCUGAGGUUGCUGAUUAUUUUGUUGUUAA